AUGUUCGUUGCCAGAUGCGGUGGCUCUGAGCUGCAUGGCUCAUGUCUCGAGAUUGGACCUAGCGGCGUUAGCUACCGGUCUCUGGUAGUUUCCCCAGAGCUCCGGCAGUUGAGAUAUGAGAUGGGUUGCUUCGAGGCAUGUCUCUACGUCUGCUUGCGCAUCUUUCCCGAACGAAACCCACGCUGGUUCAUCCUCCACCCAUUGCAACGACGCCUGAAAGCUCUCCCGGUGUAUCAUGCUCCAGAAUCAUCAUCCUCUUUCGUGACGUUGGGUCUUGGGGUCUAUGUUAUCGGUGGGCUCGUCAACGGCAAACCAACUUCCGAUGUAUCGUAUUUCGAUUGUUACGAGCACACAAUGUACUCGAUGCCGCCCAUGAAGAUGGCUCGUGCUUCCGCUUCGGCAAGACUGAUAGACGGCAAGAUAUACGUGUUUGGAGGCCUCGGGGUUGAUGAGGCUGAGGCUGAUUCCUCAAACUGGGCAGAGGUAUUCGACGUAAAGACCAAAACUUGGGACUUGUCGUUUGUGUUCACGCCCAAGAUGCCCCUCAAUAUCCAACAUAGCGUGGUGAUAAACGAGGAGAAGAGGGUUUUCGCGGUGGAUAAGGAUGGGCAAGACUUCUCCUUCUCGCCAAGUAAAUCUAUUUUUUGA